AUGGCGACUGCAGCAGCUCCCGAGUCUUCUCUCCUCUCCCUCCUCUACAGGUCCUACCCGAACGUCAUCUCUCCCGAUGCGACCGAGGCCGACUACCUUCACGCCUCCGCCAAGGUUUUCCCUCAGGCUACCUUCGGCGAGGCUGAAGAAGCAGACAUCAAGCAAUGGCUGCACACUGCUGACGGUCUGAAGACUGCCUUCGCCAACGGCCAGAAGGAUGUCUCCGACGGCAUUCUCGGCCAGCUGAACAUCCACCUGGCCACCCGCACAACCCUGCUCGGCGCAAAGCCCUCGGUCGCCGAUAUUGCCGUCUACGCUCUCCUUGCCCCCGUCGUGGAGAAGUGGACUCCCGAAGAGCGCACCGGCGAGAAGGGAUACCACCACAUCGUUCGUCACACCGAUUUCGUCCAGAACUCCCGCCUGUUCUCCCUUCAGAUCCCCGAGGAGGAGAAGAUCGCCAUUGACGUGACCGACGUCAAGUUCGUGCCCAAGCCCGUCGACCCCAAGGAAGAGAAGGAGCGCAAGAAGCGCGAGAAGGCCAGCGCCGCCAACCCCGAUGCCAACCCCGAGACCAAGCCUCUGGUUGUCGGUCAGGGCAAGGCCGACAAGGCCGCUAAGGCUCAGAACCAAGCUGGUGCCGAUCCCGCCGCCGGCCACAAGACCACCAAGAAGGAAAAGAAGGAGAAGGCCCCUAAGGCCCCCAAGCCUGCUCCUGCUCCUGCCGCUCCUCCCGCCCCCUCACUCAUCGACCUGCGCGUCGGCCACAUCCUGCGCGCCGUCAACCACCCCAACGCCGACUCGCUCUACGUUUCCACCAUCGACUGCGGCGAUGCCCCUGGAUCCGACAACACCUCCCUGGAUGAGGAGACCGGCAAGACCGUCCGUACUGUUUGCUCCGGUCUGAACGGCCUGGUCCCUCUGGAGGAGAUGCAAGGCCGCAAGAUCGUUGCCGUCUGCAACCUCAAGCCCGUGACCAUGCGUGGCGUCAAGUCCUGCGCCAUGGUUCUCGCUGCCUCCCCUCGUGUCGCUGAGGGUGAGGACUCCCACGCCGGCCCCGUCGAGCUGGUCACCCCUCCUGCGGCUGCUCCCGCUGGUGAGCGUAUCAGCUUCGAGGGCUGGAAUGAAGGCCAGCCUGAGAAGCAGCUCAACCCCAAGAAGAAGGUCUGGGAGACUUUCCAGCCUGGCUUCACCACCACUGCCGAUCUUGAGGUUGCUUUCGACAGCAGUGCCGUUCCUUCUGUGCACGGCCAGGAGGGCAAGCCUGCCCUUGGAAAAUUGGUUGCUGCCUCCGGUGGCAUCUGUACUGUUAAGAGCUUGGCCAACGCCACCGUGCGGUAA